CGUCGUGGAACAGAACCCCCCUGUCAUCGUUGUCGUGUGCUCUUAGUUUCGCGAGUUGCUUCUGUUGAUUGAAAAAAAUAUAACUUAACCAUGGUCUAGUAAAACGCUUUGUGAUAUAUUGAGAUGCGGACAGUGGGUUAGUGGUGUAGUGGCGACGUCACGUGUCCUGCCGGCAGUCUACUCGCCCUCUAAAUGCCCGGAUGGCGAUGUAUCUGUUUGCCAGUCGGAUUUCGGCGGCAGUGUGUGUUCGCACCCCGCCGUCACCGACGCUCACCACCACCCCCGCGCCGCCGCCGUCGUCCUGGCCUGACCACGCCUCCACCUCCGUCACCACCGGGCGUCAGGUCUGCCUCCUGCAGCCGAGGAAGGCAAAGACCCACAAGAAGGUGGUGUUGGCGGUGACGCCUGAAGACUUGGAAGGCCGAGUGCGAAACCCAGACAACCAGGGACAUCCACCACCUUACCAUGAGUCUGAGCCACCACCUCCCCUUGUGUACGAGGAAGGUCACUUGGUCUCUGGUACAUUGGAGGCUCUGACAGGUUUGCUGGUACCCACCACCAGCUCCUAUCCAGACAGAGGUUAUCUGUUUGCAUUCCUGCUAAGCUCCAGACUCUUCGUUCUUCCUCACGAGCUGCUAACCCAGGUCCUCGCCGCUUGUCACGCUCAGCAAACCAACAUUGACAAACCAUCGACUGCCAAAGAGCGGCUGGAGCGAAUCAUGCCACCGAUGGUGAAACUGCUGGAAGAGUGGACGGACAUGUUCCCCUACGACUUCCGCGACGAGGCGAUGACGGCGGCAGUCCGCGGCAUCACCCAGGGCUGCGACUGUGUCCCCUGGGUCUGUGACGAUGUGUCUCGACUGCUGCAGACUCUACUGGCCAGACUAGCCAAGCUGGACAAGUUCGAACACCAGCUGACCGCCCAGGACACCGGCCGCCCCGUCCACGACCGUAUCAAGCUACCCGCGACAGAUGCAGCAGAAGUCUGUCGCUCUCCCUCGAUGUUGGCUCAGCAGCUGACGGCCGUGGAGUUAGAGAGAAUGUCGUAUAUAGGACCGGAGGAGUUUGUUCUAGGAUACAUACUUGACGUCUAUCAUCCUCUACAACAGUUGUGUCAAAGCAAUGUUUGUUUUCAGACAGAUGCAGCAGAAGUCCGUCGCUCUCCCUCGAUGUUGGCUCAGCAGCUGACUGCCGUGGAGUUAGAGAGAAUGUCGUAUAUAGGACCGGAGGAGUUUGUUCUAGGAUACAUGCUUGACAUCUCUCAUCCUCUACAACAGCUGUGUCAAAGCAAUGUUUGUUCUCAGACAGAUGCAGCAGAAGUCUGUCGCUCUCCCUCGAUGUUGGCACAGCAGCUGACUGCCGUAGAGUUAGAGAGAAUGUCGUAUAUAGGACCGGAGGAGUUUGUUCUAGGAUACAUGCUUGACAUCUCUCAUCCUCUACACAUUACCAACACUAGCAACCUUGAGGCCUACAUCUCCUGGUCUUCUCGCCUCAGCUAUCUGGUCGCGACUGAAAUAUGCAAGUACUCAAUGAAAAAGCAGCGGGUGAAAAUGACCGAGUUCUGGGUGGAAGCUGCCAAGGAGUGUUUCAACAUCGGGAACUUCAACUCUCUUGCUGCCAUUUUAGGAGGACUAAACAUGGCCCCCGUCUCAAGACUGUCUAAAACGUGGAGCAAGAGCAGCUGUGAGAGACUGUCGGUUCUCAGACAGGCAAUGGACGCCACCUCUGACCAUGACAACUACCGCUCCACGCUCAAAGCUGCGGUGUGGAGGUCUGUUGGUAGCUCUGGACAGAACAUCGUCGUUCCUCUCUUCAGCCUUCUUGUGAAGGACCUUAACAACCUCACCGAGUUGUGUUCAAAAAAGUUGUCGAACGGCCACAUCAACAUGGAGGCAGCGUGGUCGCUGGCGAAGAGCCUGGCAGACUUCAUCGGCUGGCAGCAAACCACUUGUCCUUUCCCACGCUGCUCCAAGGCACUAGCUUACCUGCAGGGCUCUCCCGUCCUGUCUGAGAAUGCGCUGAUGAUGGCGUCUUUUGACUGCGAGCCUCCAGAAACUACAAUGGAAAAAGAACACUACAUUACACUGAAGUUUAACCCUGCCGAACACUGAACACUUCCGACCUGCUCAUGUCGUUAAUCCUAUGUACAAUGUACAAACAUACGAAGAUGACCAAAGUGGAUUUAUUGUUGAUAGAAGGAAUUAUUCA